AUGCCUAGCUCCAGGACAGCACGGUCCGAAGAGGACCGGGAUGGCCUCUGGGACGCCUGGGGUUCAUGGAGUGAGUGCUCACGCACCUGCGGUGGAGGCGCCUCCUAUUCACUGAGACGCUGCCUCAGCAGCAAGAGCUGUGAAGGAAGAAAUAUCCGGUAUCGAACAUGCAGUAAUGUGGACUGCCCACCAGAAGCAGGUGAUUUCCGAGCUCAGCAAUGCUCAGCUCACAAUGAUGUCAAGCACCAUGGCCAGUUUUAUGAAUGGCUUCCUGUGUCGAACGACCCUGACAACCCAUGUUCACUCAAGUGCCAAGCCAAAGGAACAUCCCUGAUUGUUGAACUAGCACCUAAGGUCUUAGAUGGCACUCGCUGCUAUACGGAAUCGUUGGACAUGUGCAUCAGUGGUUUAUGCCAAAUUGUUGGCUGCGAUCACCAGCUGGGAAGUACCGUCAAGGAAGAUAACUGUGGGGUCUGCAACGGAGAUGGGUCCACCUGCAGGCUGGUCCGAGGGCAAUAUAAAUCCCAGCUCUCCGCAACCAAAUUGGAUGAUACCGUGGUUGCCAUUCCCUAUGGAAGUAGACAUAUUCGCCUUGUCUUAAAAGGACCUGAUCACUUGUAUCUGGAAACCAAAACUCUCCAGGGGGCUAAAGGUGAAAACAGCCUCAGUUCUACAGGCACCUUUCUUGUGGACAAUUCUAGUGUGGACUUCCAGAAAUUUCCAGACAAAGAGAUACUGAGAAUGGCUGGACCACUGACCGCAGAUUUCAUUGUCAAGAUCCAUAACUCGGGGCCCACUGACAGCACCGUGCAGUUCAUCUUCUAUCAGCCUAUCAUACAUCGAUGGAGGGAGACAGAUUUCUUUCCUUGCUCAGCAACCUGUGGAGGAGGUUACCAGCUGACAUCGGCUGAGUGUUACGAUCUUCGGAGCAACCGUGUGGUUGCUGAUCAAUACUGUCACUAUUACCCAGAAAACGUCAAACCCAAGCCCAAGCUUCAGGAGUGCAACUUGGAUCCUUGUCCAGCCAGUGACGGAUACAAGCAGAUCAUGCCUUAUGACCUCUACCAUCCCCUUCCUCGGUGGGAGGCCACCCCAUGGACCGCCUGCUCCUCUUCGUGUGGGGGGGGCAUCCAGAGCCGGGCAGUUUCCUGUGUGGAGGAGGACAUCCAAGGGCGUGUCGCUUCAGUGGAAGAGUGGAAAUGCAUGUACACCCCUAAGAUGCCCAUCGUGCAGCCCUGCAACAUUUUUGACUGCCCUAAAUGGCUGGCACAGGAGUGGUCUCCGUGCACGGUGACGUGUGGUCAGGGCCUCAGGUACCGUGUAGUUCUCUGCAUCGACCAUCGAGGAAUGCACACAGGAGGUUGUAGUCCCAAAACAAAGCCCCACAUAAAGGAGGAAUGCAUCAUACCCACUCCCUGCUAUAAACCCAAAGAAAAACUUCCGGUAGAGGCCAAGCUGCCAUGGUACAAACAAGCUCAGGAACUGGAAGAAGGAGCUGCCGUGUCAGAGGAACCCUCGUUCAUCCCAGAGGCCUGGUCGGCCUGCACGGUCACCUGCGGUGUGGGGACCCAGGUGCGAAUAGUCAGGUGCCAGGUGCUCCUGUCUUUCUCUCAGUCCGUGGCUGACCUGCCCAUUGAUGAGUGUGAAGGGCCCAAGCCGGCAUCCCAACGUGCCUGUUACGCAGGACCAUGCAACGGGGAAAUUCCUGAGUUUAAUCCGGAUGAGGCUGCUGGGCUCCUCGGUGGCCUGCAGGAUUUCGACAAGCUGUACGACUGGGAGUAUGAAGGGUUCACCAAGUGCUCCGAGUCAUGUGGAGGAGGUGUCCAGGAGGCUGUGGUGAGCUGCCUGAACAAACAGACCCGGGAGCCUGCUGAUGAGAACCUGUGUGUGCCUAGCCGCCGCCCCCCGCGGCUCCUGAAAUCCUGCAAUUUGGAUCCCUGCCCGGCAAGGUGGGAAAUUGGCAAGUGGAGUCCAUGUAGUCUCACCUGUGGGGUUGGCCUGCAAACAAGAGAUGUCUUCUGCUCUCACCUACUUUCUAGAGAGAUGAAUGAAACGGUAAUCCUGGCUGAUGAGCUGUGUCACCAGCCCAAGCCAAGCACCGUGCAAGCUUGUAACCGCUUCAAUUGCCCCCCAGCCUGGUACCCUGCACAGUGGCAGCCGUGUUCCAGGACCUGUGGAGGGGGCUCUCAGAAACGUGAGGUUCUUUGCAAGCAACGCAUGGCAGAUGGCAGCUUCCUGGAGCUUCCUGAGACCUUCUGUUCAGCCUCAAAACCACCCUCCCAGCAAGCCUGCAAGAAAGAUGACUGCCCCAGCGAGUGGCUUCUCUCAGACUGGACAGAGUGUUCCACGAGCUGCGGGGAGGGCACCCAGACUCGGAGCGCCAUUUGCCGGAAGGUGCUGAAAACCGGGGUAUCAACUGUUGUCAAUUCCAGCCUGUGCCCGCCCCUGCCCUUCUCUUCCUCUAUCAGGCCCUGUAUGCUGGCAACCUGUGCAAGGCCCGGGAGGCCGUCCACCAAGCACAGCCCGCACAUCGCGGCGGCGCGGAAGGUCUACAUCCAGACGCGCAGGCAGAGGAAGCUGCACUUCGUGGUGGGCGGCUUCGCCUACCUGCUGCCCAAGACCGCCGUGGUGCUGCGCUGUCCCACGCGCAGGUUUCGCAAACCCCUCAUCACCUGGGAGAAGGACGGCCAGCACCUCAUCAGCUCGGCUCACGUCACCGUGGCCCCUUUCGGCUACCUGAAGAUCCAUCGCCUCCGGCCUUCGGACACAGGCGUCUACACCUGCUCCGCUGGCCCGGCCCGCGAGCAGUUCGUCAUCAAGCUCAUUAGUGGCCACCGCAAGCUGGUGGGCCGGCCCUUGAGCCUGCGGAGUGAGGAAGAGGCCUUCCUGGUGAGGAAGGCCAGCCCCAAGGAGGCCCUGCAAACCCACAAACACCAGAACGGGAUCUUCUCCAAUGGCAGCAAGGCUGAGAAGCGGGGCCUUUCGGUCGACCCAGGAAGUCGCUAUGAUGACAUUGUCUCCCGGCUGCUGGAGCAAGGGGGCUGGCCAGGAGAGCUCCUGGCCUCCUGGGAGGUGCAGGACUCCACGGAAAAGAACGCAUCCUCGGAAGAGGAUCCCAACGCCGAGCAGGCCCUCCUGCACCUCCCAUUCACCAUGGUGACGGAGCAGGCGCGCCUGGAUGAAAUCCUCAGGAACCUCUCCCAGCAGCCCGAGGAGCUGCGCGACCUCUACAGCAAGCACCUGGUGGCUCAGCUGGCCCAGGAGAUCUCCCGCAGCCACCUGGAGCAGCAGGACCUGCUCCUCAAGCCCUCUGAACGGAGGGUACCGCCCGUGGCUAUCCCUCCUCAUAAGCACGUGUCCGGCUUCACCAGCUCUCUGCGGACCUCGGCUUCUGGGGAAGCUGGAGGCACGUCUCGCAGGCCACACCGCAAGCCCACCAUCUUGCGGAAGAUCUCUGCUGCCCAGCAACUUUCCGCCUCGGAGGUGGUCACUCACCUGGGACAGACUGUGGCCCUGGCCAGUGGGACCUUGAGUGUGCUUCUGCACUGCGAAGCCAUAGGCAACCCAAGGCCUACCAUCAGCUGGGCCAGGAACGGAGAAGAGGUUCAGUUCAGUGACAGGAUUCUUCUGCAGCCAGAUGAUUCCUUACAGAUCUUGGCACCAGUGGAAGCGGAUGUGGGUUUCUAUACUUGCAAUGCCACAAAUGCCUUGGGAUAUGACUCUGUCUCCAUUGCCGUCACACUAGCAGGAAAGCCACUAGUGAAAGCAUCACGAACGACUGUCAUCAACACAGAGAAGCCUGCAGUCACAGUCGAUAUCGGAAGCACCAUCAAAACAGUGCAGGGAGUGAAUGUGACAAUUAACUGCCAAGUCGCAGGUGUGCCUGAAGCGGAAGUCACUUGGUUCAGGAAUAAAAGUAAACUGAGCUCCCCUCACCAUCUGCAUGAGGGCUCCUUGCUGCUCACAAACGUGUCCUCAUCGGAUCAAGGCCUGUACUCCUGCAGGGCGGCCAAUCUUCAUGGAGAACUGACUGAGAACACCCAGCUACUGCUCCUAGAGCCGCCCCAGGUCCCCAUGCAGUUGGAAGAUAUCAGGGCCCUGCUCUUAGCCACUGGACCAAACCUGCCUUCGGUGCUGACGUCUCCUCUGGGAACACAGCUGGUCCUGGAUCCUGGGAAUUCCGCUCUCCUCGGCUGCCCCAUCAAAGGCCACCCUACUCCCAAUAUUACCUGGUUCCAUGGUGGUCAGCCAGUUGCCGCUGUCACAGGACUGACGCAUCACGUCUUGGCAGCUGGACAGAUCCUUCAGGUUGCAAACCUUAGUGGUGGGUCUCAAGGGGAAUUCAGCUGCCUGGCCCAGAAUGAGGCAGGAGUACUCAUCCAGAAAGCAUCUGUAGUGAUCCAAGAUUACUGGUGGUCUGUGGACAGACUGGCAACCUGCUCAGCCUCCUGUGGUAACAGGGGGGUUCAACAGCCCCGGCUGAGGUGUCUGCUGAAUGGCACAGAGGUCAGCCCUACUCACUGUGCAGGGAAGGUUCGCCCCGCUGCACAGCCCAUCGCCUGCAACAGGAGAGACUGUCCUUCUCGGUGGAUGGUGACCUCCUGGUCUGCCUGUACUCGGAGCUGCGGGGGAGGUGUCCAGACACGCCGGGUGACCUGUCAAAAGCUGAAAGCCUCUGGGAUCUCCACCCCUGUGUCCAAUGACCUGUGUACGCAGCUCGCCAAAAGGCCGGUGGACACUCAGGCCUGUAACCAACAGCUCUGUGUGGAGUGGGCCUUCUCCACCUGGGGCCAGUGCAGCGGACCUUGCAUCGGGCCUCACCUAGCUGUGCAACAUAGACAAGUCUUCUGCCAGACACGGGAUGGCAUCACCUUACCUUCAGAGCAGUGCAGUGCCCUUCCAAGGCCUGUAAGCACCCAGAACUGCUGGUCAGAGGCCUGCAGUGUACACUGGAGGGUUAGCCUGUGGACCCUAUGCACGGCAACCUGUGGCAACUAUGGCUUCCAGUCCCGGCGGGUAGAAUGUGUUCAUGCCCGUACCAACAAGGCGGUGCCUGACCACCUGUGCUCCUGGGGGCCCCGACCCGCCAACUGGCAGCGCUGCAACAUCACUCCAUGUGAAAACAUGGAGUGCAGAGACACCACCAGGUACUGCGAGAAGGUAAAACAGCUGAAACUCUGCCAACUCAGCCAGUUCAAAUCUCGCUGCUGUGGAACUUGUAGCAAAGCAUGAAGACAGGGCACGGGAAAGGACUCUCCCUGGCCACACAAAGGACUCAUGCACCCACCUUGGACAGAACUGACGCUUUCUUCAUUUUAUUUAUUUAUUUCCCCCUCCGCACUCCCAGCACACCGCCCCUCAUCCAGCCUCCUUCCUUUGCCUUCACCUCCACCCCCAUUCCUGAGGCCCUCAGCACGUUUUCUCUUUCAGUUAGCUGGAGGACAGAGUAUUAGGAAAGAAAAAGGACAGAUGUCUAAAGGAGGCUGCAGAGCUGGCCAGGCAGACAGCAAUAACCCCUGCAGAGCCAGCUCCAUGCCAAACCCGGGUCUCAAAGAGACCAAGGAAGAGGCUGGCCAGCCCCUGGGGAUGGCAGGUAGCCAGCGGGUUUGUAAAGUAUCGGUACAAACAUUGGACAAGCAGCUGUGUCUUUCCUGGAAGCAUUUCAUUAAUGCGGGAGGACAUGCUCCUCCCAUUUCCUCCUUUGCCUCUGCACCUUUGGUCAUGGUAAGGACAGGGAGAGGGAAGGGCCACCAUGCUGAGGCAGAAAUAACUCAGAACCCAGCUUGGGGUCCAGGGAGAACUCAAAACACAGAUGGGUAAAGGUAAAGGGAGACUAUCAAAGUAGGCCUAAAGCCCAAAACAAUGUGGCAAAUGAAGUAGGGAGGAAAGGACAGGAGCAGAGAGCAGCCUGUGUGUAUCGCAGUGGGAGGACUGGGCAGGCAGGAGGAGCUGUCAAGUAGGUCAGGAGGCUCACGUGCAUGGCAGACUGAAGGCCCAUGUAAGUGUGGCCCCUGUGUGCUCAGCACUGCUGCCUUCACGGAGGGCAAGAGAGCUCCCUCUAGUGGGGAGAGAGAGAGAGAGCCCUCACUCCUCGUGCCAUCUGCAUCAACUCCACUCCCUGCCCUGCCCUGCCCUGCCCUGCCCUGCCUAUGCAGCUAUGACAAUCCAGCCAGAGGCCAGCAUCUGACUGGGCAGCAAGGCCGCUUCGGCAUCUCUUUAUCCAUAUGGAGAGUCCCCAGCCCCACAUUGCUGCUGUGGGCCAGAAACAUUUUGAACAAGAAUAGACCAGGCUUUCUGCCUAGAUGACCUUUGCUGCUCCACUUGGAAAAGGCCAAGAACUGGGGUCAAUCUGUCAUAAUCAAUACAUAAAUCAGUUUUCCAGAGAGUAUCUAUCAGCUUGUAGCAACCACUUCAUUCCAGAGCUGCCCAAGGGAUGGGGUGGGAUGUGGAUUUGUGCGUGCACGCAGGACAUCCCAUCAAUCCUGGCCACCGCAGUGGGUCUGCAGCCUCUCCCACAGCCCAGCAUGAGCUACUGCAUAGAGUAUAGAGCAGGAGGGAGCAGGGCAGGACAGAACUGUGGCAAUGCCACAGGGAGCGAAGCUUCCAAGACAGUCUUCAAAGAUUUCCAGCCAACCUCCACACACAGUGAGAUACUAGCAACUUUGACUGACAUGCGCCAGUUUGGGCAAGUCCGUAAUUCAGCCGGCAAAGCAGUGCACACUUCAACAACAUACCUCGGCUAAGCCGAAAUCGCUGCAGCAAAGUCACAUGGCAAAACACAAACUAUGAGAAUCUUUGACAAAUCGCUCAUGAAAGGGAACACCUUUGGUUACAAAUGGCCACAGUUUAGUAUCCAGGACAAAGAAGGAUGGCCAGAGUCCCUCGGCCUCCCAUUACAAACACGCUCGUGAAAUGCCACUCACCCUGACAUCCAGGCUACACGCUUCAGCCAGCCUGGAAGUAAAAAUCGGGAGGAAGACAGUAUUCAUCUGUGUCCUCCCAGGGGAGCUCUGGACCAUUAGAAUAGGUGUCUCUUCCUUCCUUAUCACAAAGCAAGGCUCUAAUAAAUCUUGUUACUAAAAAUCAGUGUAAUGUUUAUUUAAAAUAAAAGAGAAUGGUUUUUAUGUCUGUAUAUCUUUUGUGAAUAUUUAUUAGGAUUUCUUGUAUAAAAAAAAGUGCAAUAUUAAUGAUUGUACAUUGUUAUCCAGAAAAAAAAUAAUAUUUGGGGGACUUUUUAUUAACUUCCUGCAGUUGUGUUCCUGUAAACUCAGUGGUGAUUAUUGUAUUUUUUCCUGUUUUAUAAUAGAGCCUGGUGUUUAACUCUGGUUCCAUCCACUGUGUACAGAAUACAUUGUAAAAGCUAACAUGGGGUACUGGAGCAAUAGAGGGGAUUCGUUUGACACAAUAGUUAUGCAUGGGAUGAUGCAGACAGAUCCCUUACUACUACUAAUGUGGUUGAUUAUUUCUAGUUCAAUAGCUGUUGCAAAGCAGCAGUCAAUCUUUGCGUUUCCUAAGUAGCAGGCGUCCUCCAGCUCCGCCACGUGUCAGGUUGUAGCACUUGGAAGUGGGCUUUGGAGCAAGCUGGGGAGCCUAGAACUGGGGUGGACAGAAGUGUGCUCCUUGGGUGAGAUGAAUGUACAUUUAAUGUUGUUCUGUGAAUUGCGACUCAGCAGCACCACGAGAUUAUUAGGGCUGCUGGAUAAUGUGGAAGGAGGUACUUCCUCCUCUAAAACACAAAACUGUAUUUAUAUAUUUUGUACAGAUAA